AUGGACAGUUACCGGAAUAACAUCUUUGGCUUUCCUAAUUCCCGGGCACUGGCGGAGGCUGGUGAAAAUCUUAACAUAGGACUUUUAGACCAGAGACUGGCCGUGGCAUGGGUUCGAGACAAUAUUGCAGGCUUUGGAGGUGAUACCUCACGCAUGGUGAUGUGGGGUCAGAGCUCUGGUGCGGCCAGCUCCGACUUUUAUAACUACGCCUAUGCUGAUGAUCCUAUUGUAUCCGGAUUUAUCAUGCACUCGGGCAAUGCCUUGGCUACUGGCGUCAACACUGAUCUGGAUCAUAGCAAUUUUACCUUUGUGGCGGAGCAUUUUGGAUGCGUGAAUGUUUCCGCCCAGGAUGAGUUCAAAUGCUUGCAGAAAGUGCACUGGAAGAAGAUUAUCGAUCUUUAUGAGCAUUACAACUUGAAUCACAGUACCGGGCAGUUGAAAUGGACGACUGUGGUCGACAAUAUCACCAAAUUUGGGAACUAUACCGAGCGUACCCUCGCUGGAAAAUAUAACAAGCUGCCUGCCAUUGAAGGUGCCAAUGCCAAUGAAGAAGCAUCACUGAUCACUUGGCCCGGUCCGGCUGGUCCUAACAUGACCUAG